AACUUCGACUCGCCUAUCGAUUGUGCCCACUAUCGGCGACCACUAACACCAACAACGUUUCGGAAUUUGCCUGCGUUUUGCUUCGUCGUCGAAUUCAAUAUUCAAUAUCCCGUGUGUUUUGUGUUGUUUCCCCGCAGCUAGCUAAAAACAAAUCGAUAUGGCAGCUUACACCGAGGAUCAGUUGGCUGAAUUCCAGGAGGCCUUCAAUCUGUUCGACAACCGCGGAGAUGGCAAGAUCCAGCUGAGCCAGGUGGGCGAGUGCCUGAGGGCCCUGGGCCAGAACCCCACCGAGUCGGACGUGAAGAAGUGCACCCACCAGCUGAAGCCCGACGAGCGCAUCUCGUUCGAGGUGUUCCUGCCCAUCUACCAGGCCAUCUCGAAGGCACGCUCGGGCGACACGGCCGAUGAUUUCAUCGAGGGACUGCGUCACUUCGACAAGGACGCCAGCGGGUACAUCUCCUCUGCCGAGCUGCGCCACCUGCUGACCACGCUGGGCGAGAAGCUCACCGACGAGGAGGUGGAGCAGCUGCUGGCCAACAUGGAGGACCAGCAGGGCAACAUCAAUUACGAGGAGUUUGUGCGCAUGGUCAUGAGCGGCUAGGACCAUCCCGGUUCUAGCUGUUCAGCUACCAGCUACUAGCUGUAGCUGUCCAACUGUCCAGCACCACGACAAUAGAAGCAACACUAUAUCCAACACAACAGCAACACUAAAACACCUGCCAAGCUAGCUGAGCCGUUCAUUCCGCCAGAAGUUCCAACUCCAUAAUUCCAACUUAGCCAUUCUUCCCCCGGAUAAAGCAUUAAACCAAGGACAACGACCAAG